AUGCGUAUCGAGAAACACGCAUUGGAUUUAAAUAAGAAUUUACAUCAAUGGACUUUUCCAAUCGGAGUUCUGAUGGAUGGUUCCUGUGAUGGCAUUCCGAGUGUUCUAGAACAGGCCUCAAGAUCAGAAUUGUUUGAUGACGUGCACAUGUGGCUGAUAUUUGAGAACUUGAACGAGAAACGUAGCGGCGGUGUCCGAAUAGAAAAUGUGUUACAAAAUUUAAAUUUAAGCAUCAAUACAGACAUCGUCGUGGCUCUGAAUACAGAGGAGACAGAUAUCCAACUAAUGGAUGUAUUUAACUUCGGGAAGAUCCAAGGUAACAGUUUAGAGAAGAAAUUCAUAGGAACAUGGAGUCCGGGAAGAGGUUUGAACAUUUCGUUGAGCAGAUUCAAAUAUUAUGAUCGUUGGGAUUUGCACAAUUUGACGCUGAGAGCCAUAACCGUGGUUUUAGGAGCACCCCAGGGCUAUGAUCCCGAAAUGAUUUUAGAACCUGGAUAUGACUGGCGAGUAGCUUUAAUAACAAAGUCCGCUGCCCAGUUGCUCGCUAUUAUUAGAGAAAAUCAUAAUUUCAGAUUCAAUUACACUAUAGCUGAUCUCUGGGUUGGAUCUCCAUUGAAGAACAGUACUUUGGGUGUGACCAAUUCAAUAUACUGGGGCGAGCAGGAUAUUUCUUUUACAAGCUUGAGAAUGUUCUCACCGUGGAUGGAAUGGGUUGAUCCAUUCUUUCCACCGACAACUAAAUUGGAAACGAAAUUCUUCUACCUCAUUUUGGACAAGGGUGUAGGUAACUAUGAGAAUCGUUUUCUUACACCAUUAUCAUCUGGUGUAUGGUGGUGCACAGCGGUGGCGAGUGUAGUCUGCGUUGCAGUGUUAGCUGUCACGGCUGUCUUAGAGGAACGAGAUGAACCAGGACUAUAUGCGUUAUUCAGCGUCUUUGCUGUUAUUUGUCAACAAGCCUAUGAAGAUGGUGUACAGCUAUUCGAUGAAUUUUCAUCCAGCCAAGGUCGUCGCCUUAUUCUUCUUGUAGUGGGCUUAAUGAGCAUGUUGCUAUAUAACUACUACACUAGUAGCGUCGUCUCGUGGCUACUGAACGCCGCCGCACCCACCAUGUCAAACAUAGAUGAACUUAUUGAUAGCGACUUCGAGCUAGUCUUCGAGGACACUUCAUAUACCAGAGGCUGGCUAAAUAAUCCUGGAUUUUUCUACUAUAGUGGUUUGAAAAAUCCUAAAGAAGAUAUACUAAGAAAUAGAGCGACGGUCACAAAGCGCACUACGAAACUGUUGCAGACUGCCGCGGAGGGGAUGGAGCUCAUUCGUUCAGGAGAUUACGCUUUUCACACGGAACCUUACACAGCUUAUCAGGCGAUAUCCAGGAGCUUCAAAGAAAAGGACAUUUGUGCUCUUGGCUCUCUACAAAUUAUGAUUCCGGCGAACACUUAUAUUGUAGGACAGAAACGAAGUCCGUAUAAGAAAUUCUUCGUUUGGAGUCUAAUGCGGCUCCUGGAACGUGGCCAUACCUCCGCUGUGCGAGCGCGAGCCAGUGGCGUUACACCAACCUGUUCCGGAACUGUUCCAAGAGCACUCGCUCUGGGACAAGCUGCACCAGCUUUUGCAAUCCUAGCUCAAACUGCUUUUGUGUCCUUCAUCAUUCUAUUAUUCGAGAUAUAUUGGCACAAACGAAGGAGUCACGACAAAAAACAAGUGAGAGUACUUAAUAAUCGCACACAUAACGCGCAAGAGGUAGGGAAGAAUGAUUCCCUGAGAGUAUAA